UUUUUUAGCAACGGACAGACCCAACUCCUCACUUUCUUCCUUACAUUCUUCAUUCAACCUUUUUGUACAUUUCUGCUCGCCAAGAUCCACCCAGAUCCGACCCGACCCGAUCCGAUGCCUCACCUCCUCAUUUCAUAUCCUCCAACGCAUUCAUCAUUUUCCGUUACAAAUAUUCGUUGAUCGCGUGAGUAAAUUCCGUUACAAUAAAUCAAUAAUAAUAAUAUUUACCGUUUGUACAAUGCGAAUUCAAUGCUUGUUGUUGUAGUGUUAGCCUGUUAGGUUGAUUCGGUAAUAAAUCCGUAUAAUUAUUAUUAUUAUUAUUAUUGUUAUUGUUGUUGGUGAAAUUGGUGUGAGAUUGUAAUUUGUAACCUAGGGUUUAUAAAAAUUGGGGCUUUUUGGGUUGUGCAUGAAGAUUUGGUGUUGUUUAUGUUUCGGCGAAGAAGAAGAAGAAGAGGAAUUUAGGAGCAGAGAGAUGAUGAGGGAUGAAGAUGAUGAAAUGAAGUUGUUAGGGGAGGGUUGUUCUAGAACUACUGCAGAGGUUGAUUUGAAUUUGAGUUUAGGCGGAGAGUCCGAGUCUUCGGCAGCUGUGGCUGCGAUUGAACGAGAUGAUGUUGAUCGCGAUUCGCAGAGUAAACGGCCCAAAGUUCAUUCUCUUGCACUGGAUUGUGAUAGCUUUCUUUUAUCUGAUUCGUUUCGAGAAAGUAGGCCCUUUAGUGUGACUGAGAAAGAGUACGAAUGUUUGGCGUCCGAUGAAAAUGAGAGUUCUUUCAUGUCGGAUAGUUGGAGAAUGGAAGAAGAUGAGAAUGUAUCGCCAGAGAUAGAAGAUUUAGAAGUUAGAAUGGAUCUUACAGAUGACUUGUUGCAUAUGGUGUUUUCUUUCUUGGACCACAUUAAUCUUUGUAGAGCGGCUAAGGUUUGCAAGCAGUGGCGUGUAGCUAGUGCACAUGAAGAUUUCUGGAGGUUAUUAAGUUUUGAGAACAGUAACAUAUCACCACAACAAUUUGAAGACAUGUGCCAUCGAUAUCCAAAUGCUACUCAUGUAAACAUUAAUGGGUCGCCAGCUAUUCACACACUUGUGAUGCAAGCGAUUUCUUCCUUAAGGAAUCUUGAGUAUUUAACCUUGGGAAAAGGACAGUUAGGGGAGACAUUUUUCCAAGCUUUAACCGACUGCACUAUGCUAAAGAGUUUAACCGUGACUGAUGCUAUUCUCGGUAAUGGCAUCCAGGAGAUACCGAUAUACCACGAUAGCUUGCAACACAUUCAUAUCGUGAAAUGCCGUGUGGUCCGUAUUUCCGUCAGGUGUCCCCAACUUCAGACUCUAUCGUUGAAGCGAAGCAGCAUGGCUCAUGCUGUACUGAACUGCCCUCUUUUGCACGAUCUUGAUAUAGCAUCUUGUCACAAGCUUCUAGAUGCUGCGAUUAGGUCAGCGGUGACAUCAUGUCCUCUCUUGGAGUCACUGGAUAUGUCUAACUGUUCUUGUGUUAGUGAUGAAACACUACGUGAAAUUUCGAUUACGUGCGGAAAUCUUCAUAUCCUGAAUGCAUCAUACUGUCCAAACAUCUCCCUUGAGUCUGUAAGGUUGCCUAUGCUAACCGUUCUCAAGCUUCAUAGCUGUGAAGGCAUAACUUCUGCUUCUAUGGCUGCCAUAGCAUAUAGCUAUAUGUUGGAGGUUUUGGAGCUUGAUAAUUGCAGUUUGUUGACAUCCGUCUUCUUGGAUCUUCCUCGCUUGCAGAAUGUCAGACUCGUACAUUGCCGCAAAUUUGUGGACUUGAGUUUAAGAAGUCUGGUAUUGUUGUCCAUUAAAGUCUCCAACUGUCCUUCACUCCAGCGAAUCAACAUAGUAUCGAACUCAUUGCAAAAACUAGUUUUGCAAAAACAGGAAAGCUUAAGUUGUUUGGAGUUGCAAUGCCAGUCUCUACAAGAAGUUGACCUCACCGACUGUGAAUCUUUGACGAAUUCGAUCUGUGAGGUUUUUAGUGAUGGCAGUGGAUGCCCCAUGCUCAAAUCAUUGAUUCUUGAUAACUGUGAGAGCUUGACAGCUGUUGAAUUCCGUAGCAAUUCGUUAACUAGUCUCUCUCUUGCUGGUUGUCGUGGCAUUACGUCCCUUGAACUAACUUGCCCGUAUCUUGAACAAGUGUCGUUGGAUGGAUGCGAUCAUCUUGAAAGAGCAAUCUGUAGUCCAGUUGGCCUUCGAUCUCUUAAUUUGGGAAUUUGUCCAAAGUUAAACACACUCAAGAUCGAAGCACCGACUAUGGCGUUGCUUGAACUCAAAGGCUGUGGUGUCCUAUCAGAAGCAUCUAUAAACUGCCCACUGUUAACAUCUCUAGAUGCUUCCUUUUGCAGCCAACUGAAGGAUGACUGCUUAUCUGCAACUACCGCCUCGUGUCCCCUCAUUGAAUCACUAAUUCUGAUGUCGUGCACAUCUGUCGGUUCCGAUGGACUUGCAUCUCUUCGUCGGCUUCCAAAUUUGACAUCACUUGAUCUUUCCUACACGUUUUUAACCAACUUGCAACCUGUAUUCGAUUCUUGUUUCCAGUUAAAGGUUUUGAAAUUGCAAGCAUGCAAAUAUCUCACCGACUCAUCACUUGAACCUCUUUACAAAAACGGGGCCCUCCCUACACUGCGUGAAUUAGACCUAUCAUACGGGAGUCUGUGUCAGGCUUCCAUAGAAGAGCUGCUUGCUUGCUGUACUCAUUUAACUCAUGUCAGUUUGAACGGGUGUGUGAAUAUGCAUGACCUAAUCUGGAGUUUUAGUGUUGAUCGUGUGUAUCAGCGUUUCCUCCAAAACCUCAACUGUGUUGGUUGCCCAAACAUCAAGAAAGUACUCAUCCCCUCGAUCGCUCAUUUUUCUAAUUUAUCGUCGUUAAACAUGUCGCUAUCUGUGUAUCUGAAAGAAGUUGACGUGGCAUGUUCUAAUUUGUGCUUUCUCAAUCUAAGCAAUUGCAGCUCAUUGGAAAUCUUGAGGCUCGACUGCCCACGAUUAACCAGCCUCUUUCUGCAGUCUUGCAAUAUUAGCGAGGCAGCUGUCGAGUCCGCUAUAUCGCAUUGUAACAUGCUUGAGACACUAGAUGUCCGUUUUUGUCAAAAAAUAAGCCCAGCGAGCGUGGGAAAACUACGGACUGCGUGCCCUAGCUUGAAGCGCAUAUUCAGCAGCAUGGUGCCGAUUUAAGUUAUUCUCUGAAACUAUUGUGAACGUUUUAAAUGCUAUAAUUGUUAAGGUUCUCACUCUUGUGGUGGUGUUUGUUUAAACCGUACUUAUUCUAGAGUGUAUAAAAAACAUUGAUGUAUGCAUAUUGUAAUACUGUCUUUGUGGUGUUCCA